UGCUAGCAUUUGUACGAGGAAUGCUGAUGUUUGCUUGGAGUGUAUCUGCGGGGAGAGUGAACCUUCCUGUUUGCAGUCCAGUCCAGCCUGUCGUUGGGUAGACUUUUUUUUCUAAUCUGUAUUGAGGAUUUGUUUGAUUUCUUUUUUUUAUUUUCACUUCACACAUCACAUGCUUCUCCGGAGUGUUGAGUUCACGCUUGGUCUUGGUUGUCGCAUUUGCUGUGUUUAAAAAAAAAUAAAGAAUGAGUGUGUGCUUGAAAGGAUUUGGUGGAGAAGACCUUGUUUUGAGCUGCUAAUUUCUCACCACGAGCAGAGGUGUUUUUCUGAUUGGGAAAAUGACUCUUGUGCUUUGACAACCGCUGAAGGACCAUGGGAUCAUCAACGCUGGGGAAAGCUGCCACUCUGGAGAAGUUGUUAAACGCCUGCAUUGAGGCUUUUGAUGACAACGGAGAAUUGAGCAGCAGCCAGUUACCACGGACGGUGCUGUUAAUGUAUCGCUGGUACCUCACUUCAACUGAACUGGCUGGAAAACUUCUCCUAAUGUAUCGAGACUGUGUUGACGAAGACUAUAAAAUGACAAGACUCAAAAUCUGCUACUUCAUAAGAUACUGGAUUGUGGAGUUCCCUGCCGAGUUCAACCUGGAUCUGGGAUUGAUUCACCUGACUGAGGAAUUCAGGGAAGUAGCUGCUCAGCUUGGCUAUGAUGAACACAUCAAACUCAUUGACAUCUCAAGCAUCCCGUCGUAUGACUGGAUGAGGAGGGUGACUCAGAGGAAAAAGCAGUCUAAAAAAGGCAAAGUGUCCCUGCUGUUCGAUCACCUGGAGCCCAUGGAGCUAGCAGAGCACCUCACCUUCCUGGAGUAUAAGUCUUUCAGAAGGAUAUCGUUUACAGAUUAUCAAAGCUAUGUGAUCCAUGGCUGCCUGGUGGAUAACGCUACACUAGAAAGGUCCAUCGCGCUCUUUAAUGGCAUUUCCCAAUGGGUGCAGUUGAUGGUGCUCAGCAAACCUACUCCCCAGCACAGAGCAGAGGUCAUCACCAAAUUCAUCUAUGUGGCUCAGAAGCUGCUUCAGCUCCAGAAUUUCAACACCUUGAUGGCGGUGGUGGGUGGGCUGAGCCACAGUUCCAUCUCUCGCCUAAAAGAGACCCACUCUCACCUCUCACCUGAAGUUACAAAGAUGUGGAACGAAAUGACAGAGCUGGUCACCUCCAAUGGGAACUACUGCACCUACCGCAAGGCCUUUGCAGACUGUGAAGGAUUUAAGAUUCCCAUUCUGGGCGUUCACUUGAAAGACUUGAUAGCCAUGCAUGUGGUCUUUCCCGACUGGAUAGAUGAGGACAAAGUGAACAUUGUGAAGAUGCAGCAGCUCUACGUCACGUUUAAUGAGCUGGUGUCACUGCAGAGCACCAAUGCGCAAGUGGAGCCCAACAUGGACUUGAUCUACCUGCUGACACUUUCUUUAGAUCUGUAUUAUACUGAAGAUGAGAUUUAUGAACUUUCCUUGCUUCGUGAGCCUCGCAAUCCCAAAUCCCAGCCUACCUCUCCAACAACCCCCAACAAACCCGUGGUCCCGUUGGACUGGGCAUCUGGAGUGGCCCCCAAACAAGACCCCACCGUCAUCAACAAGCACAUUAGAAAAGUAGUGGAUUCUGUGUUUAGGAACUAUGACCACGACCAUGAUGGCUACAUCUCUCAAGAGGAUUUUGAAAGCAUCGCUGCCAACUUCCCUUUCUUAGAUUCAUUCUGUGUCUUGGACAAGGACCAGGAUGGUCUAAUUAGUAAAGAUGAAAUGAUGGCCUUCUUCGUGAGAGGCAACUCCCCACUGCAGUAUAAAAUGGGACCCGGCUUUAUCCACAACUUUCAGGAGAUGACGUAUCUCAAGCCCACAUUCUGUGAGCAAUGUUCAGGAUUUCUCUGGGGCAUAAUCAAACAAGGAUACAAGUGCAAAGACUGCGGUGUGAACUGCCAUAAGCAAUGCAAGGAGCUGCUUGUGCUGGCAUGCAGAAAGCUGUCCAGAGGCACCUCCCUGGGGAGCACAUCCCCCUCCUCCUGCAGCCACGGCUCUCUGCCCAGCAGUCCCUCCCUGCCACAGUGUGCUGUUCAAGAUGAGGUGUUUAAGUUUCCUGCCGUAACGGGCAAGAGGCAGGACCUGGACGGGCGGUCGAUCACUCUGAUGACGGGCUCGGCUCGGAAAAUCUCAGUGCGGCUCCAGAGAGCCACGACCAGCCAGGCCACGCAGACGGAGACGAUGUGGCAUGAGCAAGGCUGGGGGGUCGGCGGCGACAGCGGCUCACACACCUUCCCCAAGAUGAGGUACAAGCUCCACGGCAAGAGUUCCAAGAGCAAGGGCUUUGCACGCUGGGAGAACGCGGCGCCGCAGGCCAAGCCACAGACGAAGGAAAAGGGCGUCACGGUCAGCAUAGCGGAGCAGAACGGAAUGGACGUGCAGGAAGAGGAGAGACAGGAACCCUCAGAGGAUAGCUGACUUACUGCCAUUAAGGAAUAAGGAAAGGGCCCGUGGUAAUGACAGAAAAAGUCAACUUUGCCAGCUCUCUGGACUUGGUGGGAUAUGUUGGGUAACAAAGACCUUUGCCGUGUGGAACAGUGGUAGACCAGCCAUGUUCCCAUCACAGUGACAUUGCCAAGAAGGGGGACGGGACAUACAACGUAAAGAAGAGGCUCAUGCUAUGUCUUGGUGCAUGGGCAUAGUUUCACAGAUGAGAUGCAUUAAUUGGAGAACUGAAACAUUGAGCUCAACAGGGGAGUUUUCACUCUAACAACUGUUAUGGAGCUCCCAUCUCAUUCCACUGGAUACGCGAAGAAAUGUUUCUCCACUGUAGACCACAAACCACUUUUUCAUAUCCACACACUCUUAUGAUCCCACAGUUGUAUGCAGUAUGCACAAAUGCCCUAUAGAUAGGAGUAGACAAGAGGUUUUAAAUUCCCUUCGUUGGUUUACUGUUAAAAUGAAGAAGUUCAAAUUCAAAUGUGUAACAAGGGAAUAAUUUUAGAGGUUUGACCAGGUUUUGAUGUUGACAUUGUAGGUUUCUAUUUUGUAAAGUGUUUUCAAUGCCAAGAGUUAUAAGAGGGGAAGUGAAAGAAUAGAAGCGAUGAAAGACUGAGGAAUGUUGUGAAGCACAAAGUUGAGGGAAUUUAAAAACUGAAGUGUAGGUGAUGAUACAGGUAUGUAUAUAAGAUGAUCAGAUGUAUGUAUCGGAAAGCAAAGGAAGGCAAAGAAAUAAUGACAUGUGAAAAUGGCAUGUGCUGUUGACAAAUAAUGUACUAACCAUCCUAAAACUGCUCCCUUGUUAUAAGAUAACAUGGAAGAGGGUAGAAUUCAAUAACGUCAUACCAUUACAUUUUUGUUAUGAGGCGGGACAAAAAUAUCUCAGUCCAUUUCCAGUGAGACAAUAUCCAAGUGAUGUGGAACAUGGACAAGCCACUCGGUAGGAUUAGAUAAGGAUCUGCUGUCCCCACUGUGACACAACAAAUACAUCAACUGGAAUGUAUAAAUAUUAAGUACUAUAGCAUUACAAACCAUCUAAAAUACUGUAUACAUACUGUCUGCAUAAGACAACCUUUAGUUUAGUUUAGUUUAUUCACUUUGUGCCCACAGGGCCAGCACAGGUACAUCUCAAUUGUGCAGCACGAAUAUAAAGAGAGACCUAAGCAGACCAUACUCAAUAAUAAACAAUACAACAAUUACUAUACAUCCACGUAAUAUCAAUAAAAACACACAUACACACAAUACACAAGUAUAUUAAAAAGAUAACGAUAUUAAUAUAUAUCUAUGUUUUAUACUAAAACAAGUUCACCUCAAACUCAGAUGACGCUGAACAGCAGUUUUAAAGCCGGAGAGGCUGACAAUGACACAAUGGAAUCCUGAAGAGCGUUCCACAACCCCAAGGCUGUGCCAAAGAAAGAAUAACGACACAACUGAAGAGAUAAGGACUGAUGGUCAGAGCAGCUCAGUGGAGACCUGUCAGCCCAGGUCUUUCACCAGCACAGACUGACAUAGAAGUAGAACACAGUGAAUACAGAACCUUAUACAAAUGAAGAAGAAUAAAAUAGGACAUUCUGCCACUUAAUGGUUUAAGAGAAGAGCGACUUGAAUGUUUAUGACAUGAAGCAGCAAUGGUAGCAGACACAUGCCCUCAAGUAGCAAUUACUAUUCUUAAAAAUCUUAAAAACAUACAGUGCUAUUCGAUUGAUCUAAACAAGGGAGGUAUUGAUUAUCUGCACUUUUGCCAGUUAGCACUAAGAACUUUUGAAGGAGGGAGUCCAGAAGUAAAAAAGGCUGAAAUGGAUUUCAUCAAAGUCUUUUUGGUUUUUUCCAUGAACUUCAUUUUGCAAAGGUGUUGGUGGUGUGGGGGCCACUCACUACUGUUGCUGUUUAAAUCAAUUGGAUAAACUAUGCUGCUCAGAGAUACAGGAGUGCAUCAUUAGGGUUAUUGAUUUUAAUGGUUAUUGGUUUUAAGGAACCGUUUGUUACUAGACUGCUGGAUGUUGGCUAAAUCAAAUCCAUUUGCUUUUCUCUAAACGAGGAGGCUACUACAGGAAGACAUACACGCCUGAGCAGCUUGAACCCGGCACCCCUCCAGAGCCCGUUACCAGGUCAGUUACACACUGUCCUCCUAUAACCAGUAAAACAGGUCAGGUCAGGGGUGUUUCGAUUGACAAUGUAUUUAUGAUUCAUAUAAAGAGAACUUGCUGAAAGUUCGACUAUAGUGACCAUACUAGGGGCUCGGAAAUCGGUGUUUUACAUUAAAACAGAACUAUCUGAGACUUGAAAAGGUUGUGGUAUCUAUAGUCACAGUGUGGUGCCUAUAAUGUCAGGACACCAUAGCUUGUGCUGAAAGGCUGUAUACACACAGUGUAAAGCAUUAGUGUGCCAAUUUGUGAAUUGCAAUUCUAUGCUUUUACAGGCAUGCAACUAUUUAGAUAACACUGUCCAGAAUAUAUUACAUAGAACUCAUCAUUUGCAGCAUGUAAAAAUGUGUGUGUUGUAGAGUGGCAAUGACCAAUAAGGAGUUUUUUUUUUUUCUUGAUCCAAUUUCAAAUAAGGGUAACAUUUUAAACAGUGGUAUUCACAGUGGUGUUUCUUUCAGUCCCAUUCCAGUUCAGCAGCUGGUUUUACCAAGUCCUUGCUUGUUUAAUUGAGCCUCUUUCUGCAGGUUAAACUAAACAGUUAAGGUCCAGGGUUGACAACAUGUUUGGAACCUGAACUGGACUGGACUGACUGAAAGAGCAGGUUAAAGACAUCACAAGUGGUUUGUGUGUUCAAAGUCCUUGCUGUAUAUAAAACGCAUUCUAUCUUUAGGAUUCAAGGUGCUACUGCAGAAUUGCAGAGUUAAAAGCACUUCAGCAGGUGCAAGGGCCAGGGUUAAUAUGUGUGUUUGAGGGCCACCGUCUGCCAGUCUGUACUUUUACAUUUUUAUUUAGCUGGUCUACUUGAAAACCGACAUUUCUUACAUGUUUCUUUUGUUUGUUUUUUUUCUUCUUUUUGACUUAUUCAGUAUUGUAUGAUAAAAAAAUAUAUAAAUGUUCAUUAAAGAGCCUAUGACAGUAGCACCUUUAAAAAAAAGAUAACUGGCGUUAUUAGAGAUAUGUAAAUGUGGGGAAUUCUACUUCUAGUUUUAUAGAUUAGGAAUUAACAUGCAUGGAUCUGGGUCACUGGCUGUGCUGUUAAUGGUCGAUCUUUCUAUUCUCUCCGAGAUGGAUGGACUCUAUUACAGAUGCUAAUAAUCUUACACGAAGGGCAGAAAAAUAACCAAAUGUUAUCAUCUGCCUACUGAACUGUGGCUUUGUCACAUUGUCCCACAUGAUCUCUGGAUUAAAGGAGUGCUAACCACUGCUUUAAACCCAAUUUUCUUUCCUGUUCAUUACACUAGCAACAUAUAAUCGCUCGUCAUUUACUUCCUUGUACUGAAGAUGUCUUGUUAUUUGUGAAGUGUAAAUGCUAAGUGGAUUACAAAGUCCCGAUAACAACUCCUUUACAUACUUGACUAGUCACUAUCAGCACUAGUGGAAUAAGAAAUAUAUUAAUGUAUCUCCCUUGAUCUGGGUAAUCAGGGCUAUGAAUGUCUUUUUACUCUGGCUAGUAAGGAUAUUUCUUAGGACUAAAGUUUAUUUUAGAAGCAGAUUAUUUAUUUAUAUAUAUAAAAAAAGUAAUUUCUGUAUUUUUUAUAGAAGAGGUAGAAUGUUAUUUUGUAUUAUUAUUAUUAUUAUUAUUAUUAUUAUUAUUAUUAUUAAUAUUAAUAAUUACCGAUUGUAACAUUCUGUUAAGCUUGUUAGUUUUCCUGUAUAUUUCAUUUAUAUUUAUAUGCUUGAAGUUGUUCUGUUUAUUAUUAUGUAUUCUGGACUGCCUGGGGAUCACUGGUUUUGCAGCCAGGUAAUGCACUACAGCUCUUGUAAUGUGUCAAAAAAAACAAAAAACACAACAUGUAUUCAUAUACACAUACUGUUAUUUAUUUAAGGCAUUUGAUGUGUUUUAAUUGAAUUGAAAAAUGUGUGAAAUAAGCACGGUUCAUCAUGCUAAGUCGAAUUAGUCUAAUUAAGACAAUAAUCAGAAUUUGAUGAUUUUUUUUGAGAAAAAAAAAAAAGAACAGAAAGUUUCUGUACCGUACUCCAUUAAGUUGUAUUAAGUAUAACAUACAUAUGUAGGACACUCAGAAAAUAAUUAUCAACUUCAAUGGACCAAUAAAUUGGCUGAGACUUUUUUUUUUUUUCUUCAGGCCAUAUAUUUACUUAGCUUACACUGAAUCUGCCAUUCGUGAUAGGAACAUGGGAAAUGAACCUACUGAGAGCUGAAAAUAUUGAGAUCACAUGGUGGACAUACGUUGCUCUUCUAAAUCAGGGGUUUAAGAGCUGAAAACAAUUAAAAAGGUCUAAUUAAGCAAAUUAUCAAUUUAAUUAAGGGUCUAGUUAAGUAAUUGAGAGCUCAGCUGGAAUGAAAUCCAUCAGAUACAGAGGGUCCCUAGGACCAGGGUUGGGAACCACUGCUCUAAAUGAACUAGGAGGGGGACGCCAGAGAGUUAUUAAGUUUUUGACUUGAAAGUGAGCUCUAGCUGAGAAAAAGAUAUUCCAAUUUUCACCAGCAGGGGUCAGUGUAGACAAAUAGGUUGAGAGCACCUCCUACAGGGGAACUGAUGUACUGCACCAGGAUAAGAGACACACGGUUUAAUAGGUAUGUAGGUAUUCCAAAGAUUUAACGUGGCAACAGUUAUGACAUAAAAGUCAAAUACUGUAUACAGUUUAGGACCAGAGAGAGAAAUCUGUCCUGCGAUUUGCAUGCUAAGUGAACGUAUUCUCUGACGCACCUAAAUAGACAAGCGAAGCUGUGGAUCACUUGUAAAAAAAUAUAUCCCAGCCUCUCAUCCCAGUCUGGUUAACAGCAUAGACAGCGGCUUCUGAUCAGAGUUUGUCAGAAGAGGCUGUCUAUAAAGGCACCUUGUAAGUUACAUGGGAUCCUUAAAUAUUGAGGGAACUGUCCUGUGGCUGUCAUCCAGGAUACAAAACAAGCAACAAGUACCCAGCAUUACUGCUUGUUGUUAAUUCAUGAGAAAACACAUUUCUAAUAAAUUGGCAGAGAAGUGUAUAUACUUUAUUAAAACAGACCCCUAUUGAAUCACAUUCUAUAUAAAAAAUAAUAAUAAUAAUAAAAAAAAAAACAUUUAAAUGUAAAUGUAUUUAAUAUGUAUAAUAGGUAUUUAAUGAAGAGGAAAAAAGCACCCACCGAAAAACGUCCUUGGUUAGUCGGUUACUCAUCAUUGCCAAAGCUCCCAGUAUCCCAGUUCCUUUACUGAUCCGUCUCCCAUGACCCCCACCACUGUGUCUGUGUAAAUUGUGUCUGUAUGCUCUUCUUCACCUUCCUGCCAAAGCCAGAGCUUCACAGGAACAGCUGUGGUUGAGAUUUCUUUUUUGUAAAGAUUUUAAGAAUAUGCUGUUUCUGACCUUUCUUUUUUUUGUACUUGAUCUCUGUUAAUUGUAUGAAUCAUCCAGAUCUGUUACUCAAUAAAACGAUGAAAGCCCA